UAUUGUGAUGACAGAAAUUCAACACCAUUAUCAUUCAAGUGAUGACAGAAAUGUGACAUCAUCAUCAUAUGUUGUAGCAGAUUUUUGUCAUUGGCCUAUAUGUGAACUAUUGAAUACUGG